AGACAAGUUCCCGGCUCCGCCGCCAAAGGGGUUCGCCGCGCCCAGACCGCGGGGCCGCCAGCGCCGGGCUCCCAUGGCCUCUCGCGUGAGGAGAACGGCGACGGAGUCGUCCGCGGCGACGGACGCGACGGACUCCGUGCUGGAUGAGGACUCCGCCCUCCCCGGGCCGCAGUACGUGGUGGGCACGGGCAUGACGGUGGACAGCAGCGUCAUGGUGGACAACAGCGUCAUGGUCAAGACGGGCGCCGUGGACGACAGCGUCAUGGUGCCGGCAGGCCACACGCAGUCCGGCGCGAGCUCGGUCCACCGCAUGAGGACUCAGGUGGACGAGAGCGUGGUCAUGGGCCGCGCCUCGACGCUGAAGGGCACGGCGCCCGGCGGCGGCUGGUCACAGAACAUGCCGCCGCGCAUGUCAGUAGAGUCGUCGGCCUCGCGGGCGUCGAGCGCGAAGACCUGCCUGGACAAGACGGUCGAGCAGGUCGACGGCCCGGUGCAGUUCAUCGAGAUCAACGACGAGGGCAAGUGCCGUGUCAAGCGGGAGGCGUGCGAGAUCCUGAAGAUGUGCGAGGGCAGCAUCUCGGUGGUAUCCGUGGCGGGCCUCUACCGGACCGGAAAGUCGUUCCUGCUGAACCGACUGCUCGGCUUGCAGGACGGAUUUGACAUCGGCCGGUCCAUCAACCCUUGCACCAAGGGCUUGUGGAUAUGGGGAAGGCCCGUGGAGCUCGCGCCGGACUACCAUUGCAUCCUCGUGGACACGGAGGGGCUGGGCUCGGCGCAGAGGUCUGCCAGCCACGACCUCCAGAUCUUGUCGCUGACGGUGCUGCUCAGCUCCGUGUUCAUCUACAACUCCAUCGGCGCCAUCGACGAGCAGGCCAUAGACGAGCUGCACCUUGUGCUGCAGCUGGCCUCGCACGUGCACGCUGGCUCCUCCGCCACGAGCGGCGACAAGAAGGGCAGCAAGGGCAAGAAGGAGGCCACCGCGGAGCUGGCCCCGUACCUGCCCUCCUUCUUCUGGGUCCUGCGGGACUUCCACCUGAACCUGGAGGACAAGCAGGGCAGGCCCGUCACCGAGCGGGGCUACCUCGAGUCGGCGCUGGAGCCGCCCAGCAACUCGAGGCCGAACGACGACAAGAACAGGAUACGCAAGGUCAUCCGCGAGCUCUUCCAGGAGCGGGACUGCGCCACUCUGCCGCGGCCGGUGGCGGACGAAGAGGACCUGCGACGGGUGAAGGACUCAGGUCGGACGAAGGGCGGAAGGGAAGGUUACGAAAUCUGCUGGAUGCAGCUGGCUUCGGCCCCGCCGCCAGCCGCUUUCUGCGAUACGCUUCUGCGAUCACUUGUGAACCCUUCCCCUGCGGGUUCACUUGGCUGUAGGCAUCUUUCGAACUCGGAGCCCCAGCCCGCGUUUCUGAAAUCUAACCUGUAGGGUCGGUGUCACAUGCUGCUACCGAGAAUCAGCGUCUCUGGCUUCGGGGGGCGGCUGCCGGAGCCUCUUCGCCAAACCCUCCGUUUUGCGAUAUGCCCACCUUCCGUCCGACCGCGGAGGACCUGCCCUACGAGUCUCUGAGGCCUCAGUUCCGGGAAAAAGUGGAGGCCUUCUGCGGAACCGUGUUCAAGUCGCUGAGGCAGAAGACGAUGGACGGCCAGAACAUCACAGGCGCCAUGUUCGUAGAUUUGGCCCAGGCCUACUGCAAGGCGAUCAACAGCGGCGCAAUCCCAGCCAUCCAGUCGGCGUGGACCUCCGUGGUGAAGCACCAGAUGCGACUGGCCCUCAAAGACGCCAUCCAGGUCUACCGCAAGGAGAUGUCCGAGAAGGCGAUGAAAGCGCUGCCCAUGGACGAGUACACCCUGUACGAAAUACACAAGGCCGCGAGGGAGAUCGCCCUCGAGGUGUUCGCGGAGCUCAGCAUCGACGAGCGCAACCCGGUGGUGGUGGAGUGCCGGCGAGAAUUCAACGCCAAGACCGACGAGAUCUACGGGCAGAUCGCCUCCGAGAACAAGGUGGCGAUACAGCAGCAGUGCGUCUGCACCGUGUGCUGACCGCGCGUGCGGGCGCCGCGGGGCAGGCGUGGCAGGCGGGGCGGGGCAGGGCUGGGG